AUGGCUGAAGACAACACAGUGCCACGGUUACUCAAUCUACCAGCCGAGCUGAUUCAAAACGUGCUUCAAUUUCUCGAGCCGACGUGUCUGGCUGAUGUGGCGUUGACUUGCCGCUUCCUUCGUAACCAUGCUCUGAGUGAUGCUCUGUGGCAACAGCACGUUAACGGCCAGAUUCCGCACCUUUUGACCAGUGCAGCUCCUCUACCAUCAUUCCGGGAUCUCUACAUUACUCACCACCCUUAUUGGUUUCUGUGUCGACACAAAAUCUGGUUCUCGGAUAGUGAGCCAAAUGGCAAGCUGCUGCUUGCUCGUUAUGAUCCGCGCAGAGGAUGUAUCGAAGCAAAUGCUAUAGUCGCUGAGCCUGGCAUCCGCAAGUUCGAGCACUGGGAGCAUGAUGAAGAUGUUUCUAUUCAUACUUUCAAUCCCAAAGUCCAAUUGGAUCUCAACUCUCCUGUCUUGAAGCUUGAUCCAGGAAACCCUCGUACUCAGGCCCGUCUUCCUGACCAAUACGACGACCAAGGGAGCCAAUCUCUGCCCCUGCUCUCUCGUGAGAUCAUGAUGAAUUGCUCUGCUCCGCCCGGUCUUUACACAUCUUUCAUGCUUGCACGCGACCUUCCUGAGGUCGCAAUGGGCCCUGGAACCAGAGUCUGGCCACCUCUAAAGAUUCCGGCUCUAUCUCGAACUCGCAAUGCUUCAACUCGAUCGUUUCAGGCACUUUCGCAUAGACCGUCAACACUAGACGAGGUCAGUCAAAACACCUUUCGUCUGCGGAAAUGGAUUGAGUUCUCCGGCCGACGGCAUAACAGCUCGAUAAUGGCCCUAGGCGCUGCUGAUCGCAUUCACACUGCUCUUGGGUUCGGCGGGUUUGCUCCGACUCUCAUGAAUGCUGGUGGUCACGCUAUGACGGUCCGCAUGGGUGAAGAGGUAUCCACAUUUGCAACAUUGCCGCCUAGUUGUUAUAUCCCCACCAAAGAAAAGCCCUGGCAAGGUAUCUGGUGUGGUGAUUACAGUGGUCAUGGCUGCGAGUUCCUUCUUGUUUUGCAGCCAGAGCGAGGUGAAGAGAAUCCCUUGCCGGAUGGAAUGAACCAUAUGCUCGAGUGGCUUGCCACUGGUCGGUAUCGGCGCAACAGCAACGACUCUGAAAGCAGCGACAGCAGCUACGCGAGUGCACAAGAAGAUCAGGAGUCUGAUUCUGGUACGUCUUCGAUCUACGAAGUUCCUACGCCAGCUUCGUCCGAUAGUGUCAACGGACAGGACAUUCACAGCGGACGUAUCGAAGCUGUCAAGCUAACAGGCGACCCCAACGUUCCGCGCGGAGAGUACACCUUCAUUGCACCUGACAUAAGCGAUGGCGGUCUUGUACGUAUCGCAGAUGAAGCUGCAUUCAAAGGUGCGAGGGUUGUCAGGAGUGCCGGGCAUAUUGCAGGCGUAGGAUUCGCGCAUGGUAAGGGCUUCGUCCUUCUUCAACAACUACGGAACAGCGCUAACGAUCCUGGUUUGCANGACGAGUAUAUGCCUUCUCAGCUUAUCCUUAUAUCUCCCGACUGCCUGGCACAGCAUUGGAUAGAGUUCGGACAUAUCUCCUACUACCGUCGCGUCGAUGUCGACAGUCUCCUGCAGAUGUAA